UUUGAACUUGAUCUUUUAUUUUGUGUUUUUUUGUUUGUAGCAAGUGUUUCUUCUUGUAUGGAUAUAAUAGAAAAGAAGUUUAAUAAAAAACAAUGAUGGGUUUGGGUGUUUUUAUUUUGAGUGAAAACAGUAUUUUGAUUAACAAGUUUUAAGAAAAUGUUUUAGUUUUUUUUUUUUUUAGUAAAGUUGUGAACUUGAUCUUUUUUCUUGUAGCGAGUGUUUGUUCUUGUUUGGCUAUAAUGGAGAAGAAGAUUAAUAAAAAACAAUGAUGGGUUUGAAUUUCAAAAAAUGGGGAUUUUGAGUUUUUGUUUGUGGUGAAGUUGGUUUUUUUAGGCUUUGUUAUUUUUUUUUUUGUUUGGUAGAAAGUGUUUAGGAAAUGAGUGAUGCUAGUGAAAAAGGUUCUUUGACAAUAACAGAAAAGAAGAAUAGUAAUAAUCAAAAGCAAGGUGGUUGUGUUGGAAUUUUUUUCCAGCUAUUUGAUUGGAAUAGAAGAGUCACAAAGAAGAGAUUUUUCUCCAACAAACUUCUUCCUCCUGCUUGUGCAAAACAAGAUUCUUUGAAGAAGUUUAAAGGAGAUGAGAAAAUGCCUAAUUCCAAGUUCCAUUUGAUUGCUAAUAGGAACAAUGGAGGUUUCACAAAUGCUAAAAAAGUAGAACAGAAGCAUGAAAUGAGAGUUCCAAGUCUUGUAGCUAGGUUAAUGGGUCUAGAAUCAAUUCCAUCUUCAAAGAGAGAUAAUAAGUCCAAGAAAUCUUCUUCCUUUUCUGAUAGUGAUAGUGAUGAGUCUUUGGAUGAAAAGCAAGACGUUGAUUUUGAAAUCAAAGUUGCAAAUGCAAGGCAUGAUUCAAGACCUCAGAAGCAUCGAAAAACCGAGGCGAAUGAGAGAAGGUCUGUCACUAGGUUUGGUGCUGAGGCACUGCAAAUUAAGAGUGUUCUGUCACAAGUUAGAAGGUAUAAUCAUCAUCAUCAUCAUCACCAUCAUUCUAAACUUGUUUCUCCUUUGAAGAGUCCGAGAGUUUCUUCUGGAACGAGUGCGUCUCGAAGCUCGAGGUUGAUAGAAGCAGCUACUAAGAUCUUGGAACCUGGUUUGCAGGCCAAAUGUAGAUCUAAAUAUUCUCUUACAUCUUCCAUUUCAAAGUAUCCUCUCAAUAAUGGCAUUAUGACAGAAAUGGCAGGGCAUACUUGCAAAAAUUGUGGCAAUUCGGUCGAUUCUGUUGGCUGCAAGCAAGAGAUUGAGAUCAGCACACCUAUUGUUUCAGAUGUUUUCACCAAGUUUUCUUCGAUAUCAGCGCAAAAGGGAAUGCCAUUCGUAUCCUCUCAUGAAAAUGAUGUAGUUUUUCUGAGAAGCCAAGAGAAGAUCAUAACUCUUGUUGACGAAAAUGUUAAAAAGAAUGCUUAUUCUUGUAAUAAAUCCACUUCCAGAAGAAUGCAUGUGCAUGCAAAAUGUGAUGAUGACAAUUCUUCUUUUGCCUUCAAAAGCAAAACUCGAACACAAGAACGUGUGUUAAGCAGUGAAAGAAUGUCACAUGAAUGUAGAACAAGUAAUAUACAAGAGAAGAGAGUAUCAUCAGUUGGAACUGCAAGCCCUGCAAGUGGAAAUAAAGAAUUUGUUGCUUCAAAUAGAAGCUUAACCGGUCGAACAAGGAUAAGGUCUCCUACGAAGGAAAAUAGUUGCAAAAUUGAUCUUGAAAGGAAAUCUUCAAAUAGACAAGGUAAUUUGAUGGCUCACUUAAGCGCCAUAGAGAGGAAAAGAAGGAUUCCAAAUGUCUCACAAGUUGGAGAUACAGAUAAUGUCAAUUUUGUUACAUUGAAACAUAGAAAUGUUAGUUCUAAUGCACAACGAGGAAAAAGAAGGAACUUUGAUGCUCUCUCUCCAAGCAAUUGUAAUGUCAAAUGUAAAAGAGGUGGUUAUAUAAAAACAGAUAAGAUUAGUGACAAUAAUAGGAUCAAUAAUGCAAUUGAAAAGGAAGAGACAAGAAGUGAUAAUGAGAUUAAGACUUGUUACCAAAGGCACUCACCUUUGAGAGGAGAUGCUAUAGGUGCUUUUCUAGAACAGAAGUUGAAAGAAUUAAUAACUAGAGAAAAUGAGGAGUUGGCUACUAGUGAUCAACCUAAAAGAUCAUCUGCUUUGAUUCUUCACGAGUUGAUAGCUGUUCUGAGUGCCAAACAUCUUAUAUGUUCUGAUGAUCAUAUGUUAGAUGACAAAGAUCAUAAGCACGAGACAAAUCAUGUUCGAUUGUUACGAACGUCUUGCAAUGGUAAUCAUCUCAGUCCUGGAUCAGUCCUAGAAGCUUCCUUUUCUUCCAGUAGUCUUGAUGAAAGCUCAGGACACGGUUUUCACCUUGACUCUAUAAAUCGUUUGUACGAUCAACCUCAACGGUUGGAACGUGAUACCAAACUUUUCGAUUCCUCAAUAUCAUUUAACAUAGGGAAGAUAGGAUGUAAGAUACUGGCUGAACUUGUUAACCAAAUUCACAAGAUACUGCAAAGUUUAGAUUCUUUUUGGACAAGAUUGACAGUAAGCAAGCUAAACCAUAUGAAAGAAGUUAUCUUCAACACCGAAUUGGUUCUUGGAAAUGUAGAAAGGCACAAUGAGGGUGGAGUGCUUCCACAACUUCUCGUAUAUCGCAUCCUUGAUGAACUAGACAACAUGGUAAAUGAUGCUACGCAGAGAAAUUUCAAUUUCAACGGCUUUAUGAGUUACGAGGAAUCGGAAAAUAGAAGCCAACUUAGAGGAUUUAUGUUUGAUUGUGUAAUUGAAUUUCUAGAAUCAAAUUGCUGCCAACAUUAUUACAAUGUAUUUAAGUUAUGGUCUGCAUGGACAAAGGUUCCUUUAUGCAUGAAAGCUGAUAUUUUGAUUCAUGAGGUUAAGAGUGAGAUUAAGAAAUUGGAAUGUAAUGUUGGAAUGGUACCUGAUCAAAUUAUAGAAUGGGAGAUAAAUCAUUCAGUAGGGAAAUGGAGUGAUUUCAAUGUUGAAGCUUUUGAGGUUGGUGUUGAUAUUGAUGGCGAUGUAAUUCAAAUUUUGGUUGAUGAAAUUGUUGAAGAUCUUGUAGAUUUCAGGCAUGUUAUUAUUUGAAGUUAUAAGAUAUUAAAACUUUUCUAAGAUGUUUACUGCAAUAUAUCACCAGUAAUUUGACUGGUCUUUUUUUGUUCUGAUCCAA